AGCAAUGGAUACCUAGACAUUCCUAUUGAGUGGAUACCAGGAAUGAAGAAUAUAAAUCUAAGGGAUCUACCAAGUAUGAUCAGAACAACUGAUCCAAAUGACAUUCCUCUGAACUUCAUGAACCAUGCAUUCCAGAAGGUUUUUCAGACCUCAGCCAUCAUCAUCAACACAUUCGACGAACUAGAAGGCAAUGUUUUGAAAGCCAUGGCGAAGAUGCUUCCACCCAUCUACACAGUAGGGCCAUUAUCCUUGAUCUCUGACCAUUGCUCAAGCUUCUGGAAAGAGGACAUGAAUUGUUUAGAAUGGUUGGAUGGGAAGCAACCAAACUCUGUCAUUUAUGUGAGCUUUGGAAGCUUUGCAGAGCUAACAAAUGAUCAACUGAUAGAGUUUGCAUGGGGAUUGGUAUACAGUGAGCAUGACUUCUUGUGGAUCAUCAGACAAGGCCUUAUUAAGGGUGAUCAAGAGAGUGAUGUUGUUCUCCCUGAAGAGAUCUUGAGAGAGAUCAUGAAUGAGAGAGGAUUGAUAACCAGUUGGUGUCGACAAGAGAAGGUGUUAUCCCACCCAUCAAUAGCAGGGUUCUUAACACACAGUGGAUGGAAUUCAACAAUGGAGAGCAUAAGUGUAGGCCUGCCCAUGUUAUGCUGGCCUCAUUAUGGGGAUCAAACAACGAAUUGUCACUAUGUUUGCAAAGAAUGGGGGAUUGGAUUGGAGAUUGAACAUGAUGUGAAUAGAGAGAAGGUUGCAUCUUUGAUCAAGGAGUUGAUGAGUGGAAAGAAGGGGAAGGAGAUGAAAGAGAAGGCAUUGGAGUGGAAGGAGUGCGCAUUUAGAGCAGUUAGAGAAGGUGGUUCAUCUUUCUUGAAUGUGGAUAAACUGGUUGAGGAGGUCCUACGAAAAUAA